GUCAGACAGCCAACGUUCACGCAGCCUGUAGCCGCAUGUGGCUCCAUUGCCGUCCGUCUGACUUUUGCCCAAUCUGUUCCGUUUGACUCGCCAGUAAAAAAAAAAAAGCAGAAGUGUUCUUUUCAAACAGCACAAGGAGGAGGAGGCGGAGCAGAAGCAGCCAGUUUCACACGCGUGGCAUCGUCAUGUCGCUUAAUGCUAGCAAGCCAAGCUAACAACUACGGGGGAGAGGGUAGUAGGGAGUAAGCAAUAGUUAUCCUUGAAACACGGAACAGUCACAGUGUAAUUCUUUGUCUUUUUUUAUGCCAUAAAAUAAACUCGACCGCUGCUCAACAACCUGACAAUUUAGUUUAGGCCGACAUGACAACAGGGAUGCGGAACACAGCUGACGGUUGAGGCAGGCUGGUUUGUUAUUGCUCGUGACGUCACGCUCCAGGUUGGGUUAAGAUGCCUUCCAUGUCGUCGGAUUCAGAACAUUCAGUCGGGCUGCUGACUACCGUAUGUGCGUAAUUUUGGGGUGUCUCUGUCAUUUAAGGACCAUGAAAGAAAAGCUUCACAAUAUUUCAUUUUCUCAGUUGCAUUUUAAAAUUUUAAAGAUUAUUUUUUUCCACGUGAAAUUUAUCAACGGCUUGUGAAACUGUAAUUUCCCAACCGUGGGGAUUUCCAUUAAGCCCACAUUGUUACUGAUGUCACUUGUAUGAGAGUGAAAAUGAAAAUAGAAACUGCAGUUCACGCAGCACCUCCAUAUGAAUCUUGUGUUUUCUGGAAAUUCUAACCGAUUCAUUUAUUAUAAAAUUUAUCCAAAAUGCUUUAAUUUGACAAGGAGUAACGGACAGGACACACUCCCUGUGAAGUACACAGUGUUGACAAAUCAUUUACCAUUUUACUGCUGCUUAUAUAUAGUAUAUUCCACACAACCUGCCUUGUGGUUCUUGGUGAUCCAAGUAGGAAUCAUUUGUGUGAUCGGUUGUCUGGCUUUGUGAACUCCCAUCAAGACUCCCACAGAUGAUCGUCAGCGUUGAGUCAGGUUUUUUCCCCGUACAUUUUGACAUCUCAUCUCUUCAGAGGGCUUCCUGGGUGACAAGAGAUGGACCCUGUGGGGAUCCAAUGAGCGAUGACGCCAAGAGUAGAGGAGAUGUGAGGGUUGGUUUGUCGCCACCUUUGGAAGGUGAAGGGAUCCUUGGAGAUAGGUGGCCGGAGACAUCUUUCACCUUGACACUGCAGGGCCAUGAGACCCUGGAAGAGAGGGCAAAGUUCACGGUUUACAAGAUUCUGGUCAAUGGAAGUCAAGGGACCAGCUGGAUGAUCUUUCGAAGAUACACAGACUUCUGCCGGCUCCAAAAUAAGCUUAAGGAUUUGUUCCCUCGCGUUCACUUAGUUCUGCCUCCAAAGCGUUGGUUCAAAGACAACUAUGACGAGGAGUUUCUGGCUGAGAGGCAAACCGCUCUUCAAGAGUUUCUACACAACAUGACGCACCACAAAAAUCUCAUCAGCAGGUACUGUGGUGAAAGAACAGACUGGCAUUGAUCCAUUGUAGUUGAACGGUUCCC